CACGCUUCAGUGCUUUAAAUAUGCACAUGAGGAAAAGUGUCUUUCUUUGGGGAGCGCAACACCACUUUAGCACAGACUUCAGUGCAGUCGCUCUCACUUCCAAAUCCAUAGCACAAAGCAGCGCGUGCUUCCACACAUACUGUUUUUUUUGGAGUGCCUGCACAUCCAGCUGAUUAAGCAUGGAACACAGCUAUUUGCUUAAAACACUUUGGGCAAAUGACAACAAAUUUCUCCAUCAUCAUGUCGCAGAUCUCUUAACAAGUGUACACGUUACACAGGAUCUCCCCGAGGGAGUUACGUUUGGACCCUGCAUUCUCCAAAACUCUUUUUAUGACACCAUAGCAUUCAUUGCUCUGAAGUGUUCUGACAAAAUAAGCAAGUCCUAUGUUUUUAGGGUGGACGCUGAAGCAAUAAAAAGUUCUCCGAAUGUUCUGUCUUGGUUAAGACUGGUGCAAGCUGCAACCAACAACAAAGAACAAAAUCUAGAAGCGUUCUUGAAAAGUGGCCAGUUAUAUUUUCGAUCUAUACGGAGUAUAAGCAAAGAUGAAGAACUGCUGGUGUGGUAUGAUCAGGAACUUUCUCAUCUCUUGGGAUUCAAUGACAUAAAAGGCCAGACACCUGCACAAGGUUUUAGGUGCAUGAUAUGUGACCAGCCGUUCAAGAAUGAAUAUCCAUAUUUGGCACACACUCGCUUCCUCUGUGUUCAAGGAAAUCAUUUUUUACACAGCAGGGACUUACAGGUCCGUAAAGCAAUGGAAAUAAAGCUCAAAAAGCACGACACCACCGAUUUUCAUAAUAUUGCCCGGGGUCUGGAACAUAACAAAUCCAAUACAAAUGAGGACACUUCCAAUUUCUCUGGUAAGAAAAGAAAACCCGAUGAUCUGGAAAGCACAAAAUCACACAAAAAGAGUGUUUUACUGGAGAAAAGAAACAUUUCUAAUCACCAUAACAUCGCUUUUAUGAACAGGGGCAGUCACAAUGUUGUCCCAGAAUUGUCGGCUUCAGUUUUGAAACUCAGUGCUGACAAAUGUCUGUUUAAGAAGGGUGUUGCAGAAGACAAGCAGAGUGCGUUUACCGAGGUUAGAAGGGUAAAGGAAAAAAUGAAACAUGAAAAGACACACGAGCCAGUUGAGGAAAGAGGUCCUAAUCAAACUGGACAGGGUCAUUUACUAACGGGCUCCGUUUUACAUUCAAGUGGAAGUGCCUUUUCCUUUGUAUUGCCUAAGGGUGCCAGAGAAGAACAAAAAAGUGCUUUCUGCAAACCAAAUAAUAGACGGUUAAAUGACUCUUCCAUGCAACCACCCCACACCUUAAACGGUUCCACAGAACGCCUUGGGGAAUUGUCCGAUUCCAUUACUCGGGAUAAUAUUUUGGGCUAUGGCAGUCUCUUGGGAACCAAAUUAUUAACAAGGGAUUUUACGAACUCACAGUCAUUGCAGUCCACCAGAAACAACUCCUUUACGUAUCCUUCAGAACGCUGGACCCGGCAGUUGCAGACCAGUUCUUCCCUUACACUGCUUCCAUCUUCCUUUACUUCUUUUGGGGUUGCAGCACAGAACUGGUGUGCUAAAUGCAAUCUGUCUUUUCGGAUGACGUCUGAUUUGGUUUUUCACAUGAGAUCACAUCAUAAAAAGGAAUUUGUGGCUGAAGCACAGAUCAAGAGGAGAAGGGAAGAAAAACUCACAUGCCCGAUAUGUCAUGAGUUUUUCAGGGAACGUCACCACUUAUCAAGACACAUGACAUCUCACAAUUAAUUUAACGUGACUGGAUUUCUGAAAGCAAACCUAACUGAUAACAUAUUUCAGAAACACUAUUGCGAACCUGCUUAAAAUUAAAUAAAAAUUAAUCUUGAAUACAUUUUGGAUGUGGUUAUGCCAGUAGGAUUUAUGGACAUAGUAAACACAUUACUGCAUUCUAACUGCUCAUAAAAUAACUGCUUCAGGAAUUUCAAUGGCUUGGAAACACAGUAGGACACAUUGUGGCACUGAAAAGCAAACAAAGUAUACAUUUAUUAAAUUGUUUAAUCUUCCCAGUCUCUCAUGUAUUUGUUGGGAUUAAUAUGUCCAAUUGAUCCUAGAGAUCCUCAUAGCUUUUAUAAAAUUACAUUUAUAAAUGAUGCUUACCUCAAAUCAUUUAUCGCCUGUUAUUAGCCUAUUUAAAAGGUUCCCAAAAGACUUGUUUUUGGUAAUUUGGCUUAACAUGUAAUUCACAAUAUUUUAAAUAUCUAUGAAUUUCAGUUAUAUUAAAAGAAUAUAUGUUUAACUGGUAGAUUUUAAAGAGUUUAAAAAGAGAUGGAAGAGAUCCAUAAUUAAUUUGAACAUACUUCCUAAAUAUUUUCAAAUUCAUUUAAUUUUCUAUAGAAAUGCAGAUACCCUGGCCUAUCCUUCUGUACGUUGAACAGUGUACAAGUUUAUUAAUGUGACAUAAAGUGGUUUUAUAAUCAUGUAUGUAGAAACAAUGUUGUGAACUGCUCAUCAAACAUAAUAAAAUGAUGUAUUUGAUAGUUAAUAAUGUUGACAGUUUUAGUGUAAGGUAAUCUAUAGAGACAUUAUAUUAAUUGAUGGAUCGAGAUAAAACUACCAUCUGAAUCAGAAUUGUGAUAAAAUUUCCAUACGAUAUAAGCCAUACAAUAUUAACACAUUUAUGUUAUUUGUAUCACACCGAUAUCAGGAUUACAUGCCUUUUUAAUUAUACAUACUUUUAGAAAGUGCAUUCAUACAAUCAAAGCCAAGUUUCAAUAUCAGUCUUUUGUCUAGUGUUUUGUCUUCUUCCUACAUUCAGACAGUUUUGUAAGAUACCACUAUAUGCUUCCUCAUCUGUUUACUAUGUGAUGGAAAUGCAUGCUAAAUACCAUGUUUUUUGGCACAUGACCUUUGAAUUGUGCUCAGUGGUUGGACAGCAGGCAUGCUGGGAUCUUUUUGUCCUUUCUUUGGCAGUAAUGCUGUUAGCACUACAGCAUACACAGUGGUUUGUGUGCUUUGACACAAAAAACUAAAUAUUAUUAGCUAUUUGGGAUGCACAUCAUGAGAAAUGUGCUACACGCCUUAGCAGGCCCUAUCAAACAUGCUAGUGUUUGAAGUACAACAAAUGCAUAAGUUUUAUAUAUUAAACAACCUAAUUAAAAAAAAAAACAA